AUGCCUCCAUUUACAUGGGCUGUUCACAACCUGCUGUGCAGGUGUCUCAGCAUCCCCAUCUCUGCGUGGUUCACUCUUCUGUGUCUCUUUAUCAUUGUGCCAGCUGUACUCGGAGGCUGUUUUAGUAUCCGCAGCUUGUAUUUGAGGACACUUCUCAAGAUAUUUGAGUGGGCAACCUUACGAAUGGAAAUGAGAGCAAAAGAAAAAAAUCAGCAACUCUACAAAACAUAUACAAAUGGUAUCAUAGCCAAAGAAUCACCAGCAUCUUUGCAGCAGGAGAUCCGGGGUUCUGCCAGCUGUCUGUGCUCAGAUCAUGAGUUUGAUAUGGCUGAUAUCUUCUACUUUUGCCGAAGGGGUGUGGAGAGCAUAGUGGAUGAUGAAGUGACCAAGCGAUUUUCAGCCCAGGAACUUGAGAGCUGGAAUCUGCUGACUCGGAGCAACUACAACUUCCAUCACAUAAAUAUGAGACUUACACUCCUGUGGGGGCUGGGACUUCUCACCCGCUAUGGCAUCCUGCUGCCUCUCAGGGUUACUCUUGCAGUCACUGGCAUUAGUCUCUUCCUAUUCUUGACCACCUUAGUGGGGUUUUUACCAAACGCAGCGUUAAGAUCCUACCUCAGUGAGAAGGUUCACAUGAUGGGCUAUCGCAUGUGUGUAAGCUCUCUCACGGCAAUCAUCACCUAUCAUAACAGAGAAAACAAACCAAAUAAUGGUGGUAUAUGUGUGGCCAAUCACACGACACCCAUUGACGUGAUCAUCUUGGCCAGUGAUCGCUGCUACUCUUUGGUUGGACAGAUGCAUCGUGGGUUGCUGGGGAUGAUCCAAAGAGGAAUGGUCAAAUCCUCCCCGCACAUCUGGUUUGACAGAUCAGAAGUCAAAGACAGACACCUAGUGGCCAAGAGGCUUAGUGAUCAUGUGGCUGAUAAAACCAAACAGCCCAUCCUCAUCUUCCCUGAGGGUACUUGUAUUAACAACACAUCAGUGAUGAUGUUCAAAAAGGGCAGCUUUGAAAUUGGCUGCACUAUUUAUCCCGUUGCCAUUAAGUAUGACCCUCGCUUUGGUGAUGCUUUCUGGAACAGCAGUAAGUGUGGCCUGGUGCGGUAUCUUCUCAGUAUGAUGAGCAGCUGGGCCAUCGUAUGCAGCGUUUGGUACCUGCCACCUAUGGACAGAGAGGAAGGAGAGGAUGCAGUACAGUUUGCCAAUAGAGUGAAAGCCGCCAUAGCUGCCCGAGGCGGAUUAGUAGAUCUCAUCUGGGAUGGUGGACUGAAACGAGCCAAAGUGAACAAUGCUUUUAAAGAAGAGCUGCAGAAACUUUACAGCAAAGUUCUUGUAGGUGACCAUGAAGACCAAAGUGAAAGGAUGGAAAUCCAGAAAAAAAAAGAUUCAACCACAAGACAAUGA